AUGUCUGUUGUAAUCAUCUCCACGCGAAAGAAGUCUCUUCUUGAAUCCAUCGAGGGCAACGAGAAGGCUUUACAGGAACUACAGAGCCCACUGUUUCUUACGGACUACAGUGAUGAGGAACUCAAGCAGCUCGCUGUGCGCAUGAUACAGAAAAGGGGCAUGUCGGUUGAGGGCGGCUUCGAAGAUCGCAGCCUUCGUGCCUUAGUGCAGCGAGUGGCACGAGAGCGGAAGUCGAAGUCGUUUUCAAAAGCUCACCGCCUAGAGGAAGAGUUGAACAAGGCAUGCACAAGACGAGCUCUUCGACUGCAGAAAAAACACGCUCAAUGGCUCAGGAAGGACUCGACUGAAGACCUCAAUAAGAGCAGACUUGCCGAUUCAACAUAUGAUCAGAAAAAGGUCCUCACGUCAGAAGACCUCUUAGGCACAGAGCCGAAUGAUCUGAGAAACGAUAACGAGUCGUGGAAGAAGCUUCAGGAUAUGAUUGGACUAGAAAGAGUUAAGAGCGAAUGCGGCGACAUCAUCGACUAUGCCCAGAUCAACUACCGCCGAGAGCUUCAAGGGAUGGAGCCGCUCAAGAUUGGUCUUAAUCGAGUGUUUCUGGGACCGCCUGGCGUAGGCAAAACGACCGUUGCGCAGCUUUACGGCCAGAUACUCAUCGACCUUGGCCUUGUCUCUGGAAACAAGAUCAUGUUGCGAAACCCAUCUCACUUGAUCGGCCAAUACAUAGGGCAAUCCGAGGAAAGGACCAUGCGCGUCUUGAGGGAAGCCCGAGGGAAUGUACUGAUGAUUGAUGAUGCACAUAUGCUCUAUCCAGGGGCCCAGGACGCCGGCCACAAGACGGACAUUUUUCGCAUCGCUGUCCUUGACACUCUCGUUGCGAACGUUUCGGCCGACCCAGAGGACAGGUGCAUCAUCCUAGUCGGUUACGACUAUCAGAUGGGCCAAAUGUUCAACAACAGUAACCCUGGGCUUCAGCGACGUUUCCCCAAGGAGACGGCGUUGCGAUUCGAUACCUACAGCGAGGAUGAGCUGUGCCAGAUCAUGGAACUGAAAGCUGGCAAAUGCGGUCUCGAGAUGUCAAGGGACGGUGCGGCGGUAGCUAGACAAGUCUUGAGCCGCAUGUGUAUCAACCCGAAGUUCGGGAACGCAGGAGACGUUGAGAAUCUACUCAACCAGGCAAAAGUCCGCAUCAACGCACGAAUCACGUCCGCAUCUCGUGAAUCAGGGUCUGUAGAUGUUGUGAUAGAGCCUGGCGACAUCGACCCGCAUUGGGACCGGGAAUCACAAGCUGGCGAACGUCGCGCUACGCUCUUCGAAGGCUUCGUUGGGUUCAACAGGAUCAUAGAGCAAUUCGAAGGCUAUCUGCACCUAGUCGCUGGCAUGCGGCUUUACGACAACGACCCCAGACCUCACAUCCCGUGGGCCUUCAUUUUCAAGGGGCCACCGGGUACUGGGAAAACUUCAACCGCGCGGAAAGUUGGUCGCCUAUACUAUGACAUGGGUCUCCUUUCCACGGAAGAGGUUGUGACCUGUUCGGUCAGUGAUCUGGUUGGAAAGCACGUAGGGGAAACGGGACCGAAAGUUCUCAACACUCUGGAGACUGGCCUCGGAAAAGUCUUGUUCAUCGACGAAGGCUAUCGGCUCGCGGAUGAUUCCAAGUUCAACGUAGAGGCUAUCGGUGAGCUAGUCGAUGCCAUGACCCAAGUCCGCUACAGAAACAACAUGGUCAUAAUCUUGGCAGGGUAUACUGCUGAGAUGGAAUUUCUCUUACAGGUCAAUCCUGGAUUGCGUAGUAGGUUCCCGGAACAGAUCAUAUUCCAGCCUAUGAGCUCACACGCAUGUCUCAAGCAUCUGAGGCAAGAGGUUCAGAAGCUGAAGAUCGACAUUGUGGUAGUAAAAGGUUCAGAUGAGGAGAAGUUGGACACAGUCUAUCGUCUGUUCAGAAAGCUCGGCCAAACGAGGGGAUGGGCUAGUGGCCGUGACGUUGAGACUUUGGCCAAGACCAUUAUAGGCAAUGCGUAUAAGCGGGCGGGAAGAACAAAGAAGAGAUUGGACACGAGCUCACUGCAAGUCACUCUAGAUGAGGUUAUCGAAGCCCAAAAAGGGAUGCUGGCGGAACGCCUGGGACGAGUGAGCGACGAGACGGAGGAGUAG